AUUUUCACUUAUAAAUAUCGUGUCGGUUCCAUAUUUCCACAAUAACGAAUCCGACGCUCACAGCGAACGAACAACUCAAAUCAAAAAGUGUUAAAAGUCUACAAUAUGUAUACAAAAUUGUGUGUCCUGCUUUUGGCCAUUGGCCUUAGCCAAGCGGUGCCCCAGCUUGUGAUGCCAGAGAUUGGGCUCAUGAAGUUCAUAAUGAACUCCCGAGAAAUAAGCCAGAGUAAUCCAGGCCGGUCGAUCGACUGCUUUAACACCUACAUACCCCUAAUGAAUCAAAUUGCCGAGGACUACAAGGCUGAAUUUACCCAGUGCCUGAACACCGCCGAUGCAUCCCGUGAGGGCGUCGAUGAGAGCACGAAGGGUGACCGCACUGAUAUCGAUAGCACUGCGACCACCGCCUGCGCUGCUUUGUCUAAGUGCAGUGACAAUACUGGAUCCGUUGACUACUUUGAAUGCUACGCGAAUACGGCUGGCGACACUGCCAAGACCAUGUACACGAUUUCAGCUAACUCUGGAGAGCUGUUGGCUGCGGUGCAAGAGGAAUUCCGUUUAAUUGAUAACAAUCAAUACAAAUGCACCAACGCAUCAGAGCGUGUCUAUGUGGAGAAACAAGCUGCCAUCUUUGAAGAUUUCGACAGGUGUAACAAGGGUCUUGAACCAUUAACCACACCAAGUCCCACCGAUGCCCCAACGACUGCGCCUACCACUGCUGAUACGACUCCCGCUCCAACCGCCGCUGAGACGAGUGCUGCGCCAACCACCGCUGAGACGACUCCUGCUCCAACCGUCGCUGAGACGACUGCUGCGCCAACCACCGCUGAGACAACUGCUGCGCCAACCACCGCUGAGACAACUGCUGCAACAGAAGACAACAUGCCCGAGGAGGAUCUCAAGCGAAUUGUCAAGAACAUGAAGAAAUGGUUCAGGAGCUCUUAGACUCUCAAAAUAAGCAAAGUGCCAAUAUACAUAUAUAACACUACGUAACAAUUUAAUUAAACAUAGUAUUUGAAACAACUUGACUUUUCUAAACCAACUAAAAUUCUUUCAGUAAUUAUACUUCAACUAUCUUUUAUUAUGUGGUAUUCAAUAAAAUUGACAUAAUUUAACACGAAUAAAUAA